GAGCCCCUCCUCCCACUUGUGCUUUCUUUGUCGUUGCCCAUGGCGAUUAGCUCCAGAGGCGCCGUCAACUUCUUCCUCGCCAUGCCCGUUCCUUGCCCUCCUUAUCUCCCCAUUUCCACCUCCUACGCUUCCCCGAUCAAGCGAAUGGUCGGCGUGAGGUUGGCCGCCGCCAUUGCCGGUCCGAUCUCUGUGAUCGCAGGUUUUGGGGAUUCGAAGGGAGGAUCUGGUCUCUUGGAGCGACCUACCUUCGAUCUGUCCCAGUUCGAUGCCGUUCCUCAAGUCCAGGAAGGUGGGGAUAUCGGUCGGCUUACUACAAGGAGGGGAGUGGGAAGAGGAGACAACUAUAAAGUUCUGCUUAUUGACGACCAAAAGCACACUGAAAAACUUGUCAAAAAUGUGUUGCCACAAGUUGUUCCUUCAGUUACUUCUGAUCUCGCUAGGGAGCUCUUUCAUGAAUCGCGGGAGAUGGGCGUCGCAUUGGUUAUCAUUACUGUCAAGGAGCAUGCGGAAUUCUACGCCCAAAUGAUGACCCUUCAUGGAUUGCGAUCAGCAAUAGAAGCAGAUUCCAACUUGGAAACAUGAAGAACUAGCAGUGGCAUCAAGCCCAUGGAUUUUCUCACUCAAUUGAUCUUAUGGAAGACUAGCAAAUUGAGUAUAAUUUUGACAGAGCGGAUCUUUCUCUUUUUUUUUGUUGCUCAUUUUACAUUCUUUGUCAGUUCCGUAAGCACAUGAUUUAAUAGUUGUUGAAUGGUAAAUUCAAUCUACAUUGCAUACCAACAAUAAUGUCUUCUAAUACAUGGUCCUCUACCUCUUAGUCAACUUAGCGGUCGGCAUUAUGCUGAUCCCGUAAUUUACCUUUUUUUCACAUAA